AUGCCGCUUGGAGGCAGCGGUUCUGUGCCGGCGAUGGCGCGGCCGCGGCGGCCGAUCGGCGGUGCCCGCGUGGCGGCCGUGCUCGUGGCGGCCGCGCUGCUGCUCGCCGCCGCGCUGCCCGGGGGCGCGGCGCAGGACCUGACGGGGGACCGCGCGGCGCUGCUGGCGCUCCGGGUCGCGCUGGACCGCGGGGGCGUCCUCCCGUGGGACCCCGCAGCGGCGACGCCGUGCGGGUGGCGCGGCGUCGCGUGCGCGCAGUCCCAGGCCGGGCCCCGCGUCGUGGAGCUGCGACUGCCCGGGAAGCGGCUGUCCGGGACGAUACCGCCGGGCACGGUCGGGAACCUCACCGCGCUGCGGAAGCUGUCGCUCCGGCACAACGCCAUCGCGGGGGAGAUCCCGGCCGACGUCGGCAACUGCGGCGAGCUGAGGGUGGUGUCCUUCAGGAACAACCAGCUCACCGGCGCCGUGCCGGGGGGUCUCUUCUCGCUGGCGGUGCUCAGGCACGUCGACCUCGCCCUGAACCGCCUCACCGGCGGCGUGUCGCAGGAGUUCAACCGGCUCAAGCAGCUGGACACGCUCUUCCUCGAGAGCAACGGCUUCGCCGGCGCGCUCCCGGCGGGCCUCUACCUUCCGAACCUCUCGCGGUUCAACGUGUCGUUCAACGCGCAGGUCACUGGCCCCGUGCCGGCGUCGCUCGCCAGGAUGCCGGCGAGCGCGUUCCUCGGCACGGGGCUCUGCGACGCCCCGCUCGCCGCGUGCACCAACUCCACGCCGCCGGCGCCUCCGCCGACUCCGUCUGCGGGUGAAAAAAAGAGGAAGCUAUCGCGCUGGGCAAUCGUCGGCAUCAUCGUCGGCGCCGCGCUCAUUCUCCUGCUCAUCAUGGGGCUCGUCGCCUGCCUCCGCCGACGUCGGGCGGCGCCGGCCGGGAGGGCCGCCGGUGCGGCGGCAAACGUGCAAGGGGGUACCACGCCCAUAACAGUAACCGUGGCGAGGACGGACAGGGACGCCGUGAAGCAGUCGCACGCCCCGCCGAUCGCGCCGGCGAUGAUCAGCGAGGGCAAGAAGCUGGUGUUCCUGGGGAGCGCGCCGGAGAGGCCGUACGACCUGGAGACGCUGCUGCGGGCGUCGGCCGAGGUGCUCGCCAAGGGCACCCUCGGCACGACGUACCGCGCCACGCUCGACGGCGGCGAGCCCGUCCUCGCAGUCAAGCGGCUCCGCGAGGUGCCCCUGUCUGAGCGCGAGUUCCAGGACAAGGCGGCCGCGCUCGGCGCCCUUCGCCACGACAACCUGCCCCGCCUCCGCGCUUACUUCUAUAGCAAGGAGGAGAAGCUCCUCAUCUACGACUUCGUCGGCGCCGGCAGCCUCUCCGCCCUCCUCCACGACGGUGGCGCGGAGGGCCGUGCGCGGCUGGACUUCACGGCGCGGGCGCGCAUCGCGCUGGCGGCGGCGCGCGGCGUGGCGUUCAUCCACCGCGGCGGAGCCAAGUCGUCGCACGGCAGCAUCAAAUCGUCCAACAUCGUCGUCACCGCAGCGCGCGACGGCGCCUACGUCUCCGACUACGGCGUCGCGCAGCUCGCCGGCGCCGCCGAGCUGCCGAGGCGGGACGCCGGGUACCACGCCCCGGAGGUGACCGACGCGCGCGCCGUGCCGCAGAGCGCCGACGUGUACAGCUUCGGCGUGGUGGUGCUGGAGCUGCUGAGCGGCCGCGCCCCCGGGCGCGCCCCCGCUCUCGUGCUCGCCGGCGACGCCGACGGCGUGGACCUGCCGCGGUGGGUGCGGUCGGUGGUGCAGGAGGAGUGGACGUCCGAGGUGUUCGACGCCGCCAUCGCCAACGAGCCGCGCGUCGAGGGGGAGAUGCUGCGGUUGCUGCAGCUCGGCAUGGACUGCACCGAGCACCACCCCGACAGGCGACCAUCCAUGGCCCAGGUGGAGGCGAGGAUUGAGCGCAUCGUCGAGGACGCCAGCCGGAAAGCCGACUUCAGCAGCACGGACGGCAGCCGGAGCGCGUCGGCAUGA